AUGAAUGAAGCUACUAUUAUACUCUCGGCACGGAGAAUCUGUAAGCCUAAUUCUAUGGCCUACCCUUGGCGUCAGUUUGCGGCUAUCGAGCCGUUAGAGGAGGACGCGGAUAUUGAGACAAAGGACAGCCUGUACGGCUGGACACGGCUGGUGUGGGCCGCUGGGGAAGGCCAUGAGGCCGUUGUUCAGUUGCUUCUCGAGAAAGGAACUGAUGUCAAUGCGAAGGACAUAGACGGCCAGACCCCUUUAUGGCUAGCCGCCGCGAAGGGCCACGAGGCUAUUGUCCGGCUGCUCAUGAAAGAGAGGGCUGAUAUCCAUAUAAAAGAUAAGCACGGCCGGACGCCCCUGAUGCUGGCCGCCCGGAGGGACAACACGACCAUCGUACAGCUGCUGCUCGAGAAGGGCGCUGAUAUCAUGGCAAAGGACAGCAGACAUAAUCAGACGCCAUUAUCAUGGGCCGCCGACAGAGGGCACGAAGCUGUGGUUAGGCUGCUGCUCGAAAGGGGUGCCGAUCUCGAGGCGGAAUCAUGA